AUGGGAAUAUUUUUGAAAUUAAAUAAAAACGUCUAUUCGAACUGUAAAUCUUAUGUUUAUAAAAGUAGUGGCAGUUCCAUUCUUGAUAACAUCUUUAAUGUGUAUUGGAGUAUUUGUGUCAAUUUUGUACCUAAGUCUAUAACUGCUAAUCUCUUAACGCUACUGGGAUUUUUGUGUUCAACAAUAGCAUUUUUUCUUAUGUAUCUUUUUGAUCCACUUGAAGAAAAGCAUGAUUAUAUAUUUAUAUACAUAGGACUUUUUUUAUUCUUGUAUCAAACUUUUGAUGCAAUUGAUGGAAAACAGGCAAGAAGAACUAAUACGAGUUCACCAUUAGGACAACUGUUUGAUCAUGGAUGUGAUUCUAUAACCUCAUCUUUAUUUAUUUUUAUUGUUGGAAAAGUGGCUGAUUUACCAAAAGGAUUAGUUUACUAUAUUUUAUUAUCAUCGAUUCACCUUCAAACAUAUUUGUUUUCGUGGAUAGAAUAUCAUACACGAGUAUAUAACACAUCUUUUGGGAAAUUUGGAAUAACUGAAGCUCAUGUUUUAGUUAUAUCUAUGUGUAUCAUACGUGGAAUUAAAGGUGUUGGAAUAUUUAACACUGUCGUGAAUGAUAUAAUACCAGAUAAUAUCCGCAUUUACUUAAGUGAAUAUGUCUUAGGCUUAAAAUUAAAUUAUCUUAUAUUAAUUCCAGCGUCUUUUUUUAUUCUGCUUACCAUCUCAAGAAGUAUCUACAUGGGAUUGCAACAUGCAAAGAAAAUAAGAGAGGCUUUAAGCCAAUUAGCAAUAUUUUAUAUAUAUGUGUUUAUGCAAUACUAUUUUUAUCAAUCAUCUUUAACAGAUAAACAUGAACUUAUAUGCCUCUUAAUAAUAUCAUUAUAUUCAAGUGUAUAUACUUUACAUAUGAAUUUAUCCAGUGUUUUAAAAAUUCAAAUGGAACUGUUUCCUUCGCCUAUUAUAUUUUAUUAUAUUUCAAUAGUUGUAUUAUUUUUAAAGCAUUCAACAAGUCAUCAGUUCUUAAAUACUUUCAUAUUUAAAGAUAUAUAUAUAUUAUAUUGCAUGUUGAUAUUUAUCAUAAUUUAUUUGAUUGAUUAUGCAAAUACUAUAAUAACUAAUGUUUGUAAGGAGCUAAACAUCAACUUCUUGUUUAAUAAAAAGAGAAAAACAAAAUAA